AUGUAUGGAAGUGCUCGUUCUGUGGGCAAGGUGGAGCCCAGCACGCAGAGCCCAGGGCGCUCACCGCGGCUGCCGCGCUCGCCUCGCCUGGGCCACCGCCGAACCAACAGCACGGGAGGCAGCUCGGGGAGCAGUACUGGGGGUGGCAGUGGGAAAACCCUUUCUAUGGAAAACAUUCAGUCCUUAAAUGCUGCCUAUGCCACGUCUGGCCCUAUGUACCUGAGUGACCAUGAGAACGUGGGUGCAGACACCCCGAAGAGCACCAUGACCUUGGGCCGGUCAGGGGGGCGGCUGCCUUACGGUGUUCGGAUGACUGCCAUGGGCAGCAGCCCUAACAUUGCCACUAGUGGAGUUGCCAGUGAUACCAUUGCAUUUGGAGAGCACCAUCUCCCCCCAGUGAGCAUGGCAUCCACUGUGCCUCACUCGCUGCGCCAGGCCAGGGAUAACACCAUCAUGGACCUGCAGACACAGCUCAAGGAGGUGCUGAGGGAAAACGAUCUGCUCCGCAAGGAUGUGGAGGUGAAAGAAAGUAAGCUGAGUUCUUCCAUGAACAGCAUUAAGACCUUCUGGAGCCCUGAGCUCAAAAAGGAGAGAGCUCUGAGGAAGGAUGAAGCUUCAAAAAUCACCAUUUGGAAGGAACAGUAUAGAGUUUUGCAAGAAGAAAACCAGCAUAUGCAGAUGACUAUCCAGGCUCUCCAAGAUGAACUGCGGAUCCAGCGGGACCUGAACCAGUUGUUCCAGCAGGACAGCAGCACCAGAACCAGUGAGCCCUUCGUGGCAGAGCUGACAGAGGAGAACUUCCAGCGGCUGCACGCAGAGCACGAGCGCCAGGCCAAGGAGCUGUUCCUGCUUCGGAAAACCUUGGAGGAGAUGGAGCUACGGAUUGAGACACAGAAACAGACCUUAAAUGCACGUGAUGAGUCCAUCAAAAAGCUGCUGGAGAUGCUGCAGAGUAAAGGUCUGUCAGCAAAAGCCACUGAGGAGGACCACGAGCGGACACGACGGUUGGCUGAGGCAGAGAUGCACGUGCACCACUUGGAAAGCCUUCUUGAACAGAAGGAAAAAGAAAACAAUGUGCUGAGAGAGGAAAUCCAUCGUCGAUUUGAGAGCGCUCCUGACACAGCCAAGACAAAAGCUCUCCAAACUGUUAUUGAGAUGAAGGAUUCAAAAAUUUCUUCCAUGGAGCGUGGCCUCCGGGAUUUGGAAGAGGAGAUUCAGAUGUUGAAGUCAAAUGGAGCCCUGAGCACGGAGGAACGUGAGGAGGAAAUGAAGCAAAUGGAGGUGUACCGCAGCCAUUCCAAAUUCAUGAAAAAUAAGGUAGAGCAACUGAAGGAAGAGCUAAAUGCCAAAGAGGCUCAAGGGGAGGACCUGAAAAAAAGAGUGGCUGGUCUCCAGACCGAGAUUGGCCAGGUGAAACAGGAGCUGUCACGCAAGGACACUGAGCUGCUGGCCCUGCAGACCAAGCUGGAGACCCUCACCAACCAGUUCUCUGACAGCAAGCAGCACAUCGAAGUUCUCAAAGAGUCUCUUACAGCUAAAGAGCAAAGAGCUGCCAUCCUGCAGACAGAGGUAGAUGCGCUACGGUUACGUCUGGAAGAGAAGGAGACCAUGUUGAACAAGAAGACAAAGCAGAUCCAGGAGAUGGCAGAGGAGAAGGGGACUCAAGCAGGUGAGAUCCACGACCUCAAGGACAUGCUGGAGGUGAAGGAACGCAAAGUUAAUGUUCUUCAGAAGAAGAUUGAGAACCUUCAGGAGCAGUUGAGAGACAAGGAGAAACAGAUGAGCAGCUUAAAGGAUCGAGUGAAAUCCUUGCAGGCCGACACCACAAACACUGACACUGCCUUGACCACUCUGGAAGAAGCAUUGGCAGAAAAAGAAAAGACCAUUGAGCGUUUGAAGGAGCAGCGUGACAGAGAUGAACGAGAAAAACAGGAAGAGAUCGACAACUACAAGAAAGACAUUAAGGACCUGAAAGAGAGAGUCAGCAUUUUACAAGGAGAUCUCACAGAGAAAGAGACAUCAUUACUGGAUCUUAAGGAACAUGCUUCAUCAUUAGCUUCAUCAGGACUGAAGAAAGAUUCAAGACUCAAGACACUGGAAAUUGCAUUAGAACAGAAAAAGGAAGAAUGUUUGAAGAUGGAAACACAAUUGAAGAAGGCUCAUGAGGCAACCCUGGAGGCGAGGGCCAGUCCUGAGCUGAGUGACCGCAUGCAGCAGCUGGAAAGAGAGGUAACGCGGUACCGGGAAGAGUCUGGCAAGGCUCAGGCUGAGGUGGAUCGGCUUCUGGAGAUCCUGAAAGAGAUGGAAAAUGAGAAGAAUGAUAAGGAUAAGAAGAUAGCAGAGCUGGAAAGGCAAGUUAAAGAUCAAAAUAAGAAAGUAGCAAAUUUGAAGCACAAAGAACAAGUGGAGAAAAAGAAGAGUGCACAGAUGCUGGAGGAGGCCAGGAGACGAGAGGAUAACCUUAAUGACAGCUCCCAACAGCUUCAGGACAAUCUGCGUAAAAAGGAUGAUCGGAUUGAAGAAUUGGAAGAGGCACUCAGAGAAAGUGUUCAGAUAACUGCAGAGCGGGAAAUGGUGCUAGCACAAGAGGAGUCAGCCAGGAUCAAUGCUGAGAAACAGGUAGAAGAGCUGAUGAUGGCUAUGGAGAAGGUCAAACAGGAGCUGGAGUCAAUGAAAGCAAAAUUGUCCUCUACACAGCAGUCUUUGGCUGAGAAGGAAACCCAUUUGACCAACCUACGAGCUGAAAGAAGGAAACAUUUGGAAGAGGUCCUGGAAAUGAAACAAGAAGCCCUUCUUGCUGCCAUUAGUGAAAAAGAUGCCAAUAUUGCUCUGCUAGAGCUUUCAUCCUCUAAGAAGAAGACUCAGGAUGAAGUGGCUGCACUGAAACGAGAGAAAGACCGUCUUGUGCAACAGCUCAAGCAGCAGACUCAGAAUCGUAUGAAGCUGAUGGCUGACAACUAUGAGGAUGACCACCUCAAAUCCUCAUCCCAUUCCAACCAAACCAACCACAAGCCCUCCCCUGACCAGAUCAUUCAGCCCCUCUUAGAACUUGACCAGAACCGCAGCAAGUUGAAGUUGUACAUCGGCCAUCUGACAGCCCUGUGCCACGACCGCGACCCCCUGAUCCUGCGUGGGCUCACCCCGCCUGCCUCCUACCACCUGGAUGAUGACCAGGCAGCUUGGGAAAAGGAGCUGCACAAGAUGACCCAGGAGCAGCUGCACGAGGAGCUGGAGAAGGGCGAGAGGGAGAGCGUGGAGCUGCAGGAGUUCGCCAACGCCAUCCUGCAGCAGAUCGCAGAUCACUGCCCUGACAUCCUGGAGCAGGUCGUCAACGCCCUCGAGGAGUCCUCGUGACCUCGGCCACCAGUCCAUGGAGCAGCACACCAGUGAC